AUGACGAUCAAACGAUUACGUCAAAAAGAAACAGAAACAGAAACAGUGGUGGACAGUCUGCCGGAAUCCCUAAAGCUUCACAUUCUAUCUUUUCUUGACACCAGACACGCCGUUGAAACAUCCGUGUUAUCGAAAUCAUGGGUUUCUUCAUGGUCCUGCGUUCCCGUUCUCAAUUUCAGCUCCGAUAGUUUUCAAAAAGUCCAUCCUUUUGAUAAGUAUCUUCGCGUUAAGCCUUUACACCGUCCUCCACCAUCACUCCAUGCUUUUGAUAACUUUGUCGUUAAUGCUUUAUCCCGUCAACCGGUGAAGUUGGAUAGACUAACCUUCAAACAUGCUGGAAGUUGCAAUACCGAGAUUUUAAAACAGGUUUUUGAUUACGCGUUAUUGCACGGUGUCCAAGAAUUGGAAGCAAGCGUCGCACGUACUAUAGAUGCACACAAUCAUUACUUCAAAAGCAAAGAGAAGAUAAUCUUUGAUAAUCUGCUGAUGAUGUUCGAUACUUUACAAGCUGCCAAAUCGCUUACGGUUUCCGGGCAUACUGUUCGUCUACUUGCAUCGUUUCUGGUGAAUGGAUGUUGUUCACCAUUUAGGGGUUUAAAGUGUUUGAAGCUGGAUUUUAAGUUAAAACAAGGGAAGCUUGAAGAAGUUGCUGCUGUUUUGAAAGCGUUUGGUGAAGAAACGGUUUCUUCAAGAGAAACAGCGAGUUGGUUAAGGAAAAGCCUCAUCAGUGCACAGAAAUUCGCAGACGGUUGUUGA